ACUGGGGCAACAGUUUUUGCCGUCGCCUAAAUUACUUGUUUGAAAACGACCAACCGAAAGCCCAAGUUCAAUCGCCCUCAUUUAUUUUUACAUAGCAUGAUUUUAAUUGUUCAUUAGUAAACGCUCUGCUUCCACUCCUCUUCAAUACCUAAAAAUUCAGUCAAAAUUCAACUUCCGAUCUCUAAACCCUAUUUAGAUCCGGAAGAAAAACGGCGAGAGGGAUCGAACCCAGAAUUUUGAUUGGAAUUUGGCGUUUUCUUGGGGAAGAAUUUCCACCUGAAACGCGAGCGGAGCUGCAGAAUUUGCAGAAAUGAGGCGGAGGGGAGCUGACUUUAGGAGGCCAGUGAGGAGGAGGUUCCCAAAUGUAGUUUGGUGGACUCUAUGCAUGGUUGUGUUUUUGGUUUUUAUUCUGAUUUUCAGCAAGGAGAGCCAAAUUGAAUCGGGACCGGUUAAGAGAUCUUAUCGACAUGACAGAAUAAUGGAAGGCUUAAAUGUCACUGAUGAAAUGUUAAACCCGAACUCAGUAACCAGGCAACUUAGUGAUCAAAUCUCUCUUGCCAAAGCUUUUGUUGUGAUUGCGAAAGAAAGCAACAAUCUGCAAUUUGCCUGGGAACUAAGUGCCCAGAUCCGUAAUUCACAGGCCCUCCUGUCAAAUGCUGCAACAAGGCGAACUCCUUUGACAACCAGAGAAUCAGAGACUGCCAUUCAUGAUAUGGCACUUUUGCUCUACCAAGCUCAGCAGCUCCAUUACGAUAGUGCAACGAUGAUCAUGAGACUGAAAGCCAAAAUCCAAGCUCUUGAAGAACAAAUGAGUUCCGUGAAUGAGAAAAGUUCGAAGUAUGGACAAAUAGCUGCUGAGGAAGUGCCAAAAAGUCUGUACUGUCUUGGUGUUCGGUUAACCACUGAAUGGUUUGGAAAUCCAAAUUUACAAAGGAAACUCAGGGAGAGAAAGCAAAUAGAAGCAAAGCUUAAAGAUAACAGUCUCUAUCAUUUCUGUGUCUUCUCAGACAACAUCCUUGCAACGUCGGUGGUGGUUAAUUCAACUGCUUUAAAUUCUAAAGAUCCAGAUAAGGUGGUCUUUCAUCUUGUUACAGAUGAAAUAAACUACAGUGCUAUGAAGGCCUGGUUUUCCAUGAACAGUUUUCGUGGAGUGACUGUUGAGGUUCGGAAGUUUGAGGACUUCAAAUGGCUAAAUGCUUCUUAUGUUCCAGUUCUUAAGCAGCUCCAGGAUUCUGAGACUCAGAGUUACUAUUUUUCUGGACAUAAUGAUGAUGGGAAGACUCCAAUCAAGUUCCGAAACCCCAAGUACCUGUCAAUGCUUAAUCAUUUAAGGUUUUAUAUUCCUGAAGUUUUUCCUGCACUGAAGAAGGUGGUAUUUCUUGAUGAUGAUGUUGUGGUUCAGAAGGAUCUCUCUAGUCUAUUUUCUAUAGAUUUGAAUGGUAAUGUUAAUGGAGCAGUUGAGACAUGCAUGGAGACAUUUCACAGAUACCAUAAGUACCUGAACUACUCUCACCCUCUCAUAAGAGCUCAUUUUGAUCCUGAUGCAUGUGGUUGGGCUUUUGGAAUGAAUGUUUUUGAUUUGGUUGCAUGGAGGAGGAGGAACGUUACUGGCAUCUAUCAUUACUGGCAAGAAAAGAAUGUAGAUCGAACACUCUGGAAACUUGGGACACUACCUCCAGGACUGUUAACAUUCUACGGAUUAACAGAGCCAUUGGAUCCCUCCUGGCAUGUAUUGGGGUUGGGCUAUACAAAUGUUGACCCUCAAUUGAUAGAGAGAGGAGCUGUUCUGCACUUCAAUGGAAACUCAAAGCCGUGGUUGAAGAUCGGGAUGGAGAAAUACAAGCCCCUUUGGGAGAAGUAUGUUGAUUACAGCCACCCUUUAAUGCAACAAUGCAAUUUUCAUUAAUGUCUUUGCCAUGGAAGUGAAGAAUCCGUCACAACUUUCGUGCCUCCAGGACUAUUCUGCUCUCAAGAAUGCUUGUACAAUUUUUGUGAGAUCAAGCAUGGCUGGUCAUCGUAACAUGGUAUCAAUUGGUUCCACCUAGCUUCUUGUAUCAUAGACUGCAGUCUGCUCAUUAAAAAAACACUAUUAUUUUUUUCGUUAUAAAAACCUAAAAGUUCA